UCAAAGAGGAAUCGACACAUAUUUUGGUCCAUAUAACGGAUGCAAUAUAGCUCAUGUUCUAUAAGCGUUUUCCACCAGCUCUUUGUUAUGAAACUGUUGACACUCGUCAUUCUCUGUUGCUUUAUACUGAUCAUUGCUAGUCCGUGCAAUUCACUACCUAUCUAUGAAGAUGCUUUUAGCUCUAGCCAAACAUAUGGAGAUGCAGAGGCAUCAGGAUAUGCGGAAGUAAUACCAGUUUCGACAAAUAUUCCCGAGCUGCAAGCAGCAAGCGCCGCUGAGUCGACAAAAGGUGGAAGAGCUAAUCAGGUUGAUUUUGCUGCUUAUUCCCAAGGUUACUCAAUUCCAUUUGAUCAACUUCAAAAUGUAUAUCCACAACUUCAAUUCACACCCUACCAAAUCCUUCCUUUUUUUCCUCAGUUCAACCAGUACCCAGACUAUCAGUAAGAUUACAACCCGAACUAUGAAUUUCGUGAUUGAGGUUGGUAAUGAUGUGACGCUUUAGUCUUCGAUAUUACUUCUGUUUGUUGGCCUGCAUUCGCCAUUGUCGUUCUGGUAAAUAAAUGCUUGGUAUUUUUC